CUCUCACUCACAAGUUAGUCACCAAAAAAAAAAAAAAACACAAAAAGGUUUCAAUGGCCGCCUCAACAAUGGCUCUCUCCUCCCCUGCCUUCGCCGGAAAGGCUGUGAACCUUUCCCCCGCGGCAUCAGAAGUCUUUGGAAGCGGCCGUGUGACAAUGAGGAAGACUGCUGCCAAGCCAAAGGGUCCAUCAGGCAGCCCAUGGUACGGAUCCGACCGAGUCAAGUACUUGGGUCCAUUCUCCGGCGAGUCACCGAGCUACCUUACCGGAGAGUUCCCCGGAGACUACGGAUGGGACACCGCCGGACUUUCAGCCGACCCCGAGACAUUCGCAAGGAACCGUGAGCUAGAAGUUAUCCACAGCAGGUGGGCAAUGCUCGGAGCCCUAGGCUGCGUCUUCCCUGAGCUUUUGGCCAGGAACGGAGUCAAGUUCGGAGAGGCAGUUUGGUUCAAGGCUGGUUCACAGAUCUUCAGCGAUGGAGGGCUCGAUUACUUGGGAAACCCUAGCUUGGUACACGCUCAGAGCAUUUUGGCGAUUUGGGCCACACAAGUGAUCUUGAUGGGAGCCAUUGAAGGCUACAGAGUCGCGGGAAAUGGGCCGUUGGGAGAGGCCGAGGACUUGCUUUACCCCGGUGGUAGCUUCGACCCAUUGGGUUUGGCUACCGACCCAGAGGCCUUCGCUGAGUUGAAGGUGAAGGAGCUCAAGAACGGAAGAUUGGCUAUGUUCUCUAUGUUUGGAUUCUUCGUUCAAGCCAUUGUCACUGGUAAGGGACCGAUAGAGAACCUUGCUGACCAUUUGGCCGAUCCAGUUACCAACAACGCAUGGGCCUUCGCCACCAACUUUGUUCCCGGAAACAUCGUUAUAGGUGAUCUUCGGCUACAAAUCGCUGAGCUGUUUUGGAAGUCGGCUUCGGAACAAGGUAAACUCUUUAACAAUGGGUCUAAAGCUUUUGUGCGUGUGAGGCAUAUGAUGCCAGUCACUGAGGAAAACAUGUAUCCUAAGUGGAGUGACGCGGCUGACAAUCAAGAUGGGCUGCUUGACAACUUGCUGAAAGACAUCAUCCACAAUCGUUUACAAAAUGAUGCGUAGAAACAUGUUAGAGUGCAAAGAAAGAAACGUAAAGUCUGAAGAGGAGAAGACUAGGUUGUUGGAUAUUUACAAGAUGCUGGAGAAUUUGAAUGGGACAGUUUCAGAGAUGAGCAAGAAUCUGACCAGCAUAAUGGAUGUAUUGGAGAGUAAAGUCGAAUCUUUAGA